ACAGUUGGUUGACUGGAAAUUCCCCGCUUCUUGCACUCAUUCUGUCUACACCGAAGAUGAAUUCACUACCAUUGGGAAAGAUCACACUCUUCUCAGAUCUUCACCCUAAGCUUUAUCCCGCUUAUUUUAAUUAUGGAACUGCAGGGUUCAGAAUGCCUGGGAAAGUGCUCGAUUCUGUUCUGUUCAGGGUUGGUAUUCUAGCUGGCCUUCGAAGCAAGAAAAUGGAUGGCAAAACUGUAGGCAUUAUGGUAACAGCAUCUCAUAACCCCGAAACGGAUAACGGUGUGAAAAUGGUCGAUCCACGCGGAGAAAUGCUUGAUUCGUCCUGGGAGGUAUACGCUACAACCCUGGCUAAUUCAUCCACUACCGAAAUGUUUUUAUCUACUCUCGAAGAGUUCGUCGAAGCUGAAAAAAUAGACUUGUCGAAGCCUGCUAGAGUUGUCUACGCUCGGGACACGCGCCCUUCAGGCCCUGCCCUGGUGGCUGCUCUCGAGGAUGGUUUUGCAGCUAUCGGGGCCGAAGCAAGAAAUGCUGGUAUCACCACGACCCCUAUUCUACAUUAUCUUGUCAAAGCUAUAAAUACGAAGGGCACCGAAGAAUGUUUCGGCGACGACUCAGAACAUGGAUAUUUUACCAAGCUCAGCGAGGCAUUCAAGAAACUCCUGCUAGGAAAACCCACGCCUUCACCUUUAGUGAUUGACUGCGCCAAUGGUGUGGGUGCUCCGAUUGCCGCAAAGCUCGCUCAAUACCUUGCCGCCUCCAUGCCAAUGCUUUUGACCAAUACAGCCAUUGACAACCCGGGUGCAUUAAAUAACCUUUGUGGUGCAGAUUACAUCAAGACUACUCAGAAGAUACCUCCUUCUUUGAUGACUGUUCUUCAACCAGGACAGCGCGCAUGCAGUCUUGAUGGUGAUGCGGAUCGGUUGAUGUAUUACUAUCUAGACAGUCGAGGCCAAUACCACAUGCUAGAUGGAGACAAAAUUGCAGCACUUGUUGCCAGUUUUAUCGUUGAACUUGUCAAAGCUGCUGGUCUUGAAAAUCGAAUCAAAAUUGGCGUUGUGCAGACGGCAUAUGCAAACGGCAGCUCAACCAAAUACCUCUCCACUCGCUUGCCUGUGAAGUGUGUCUCAACUGGUGUAAAACAUCUCCAUCACGCAGCUGAGCAUUAUGACGUGGGCAUAUAUUUCGAGGCAAAUGGUCACGGUACUGUCCUGUUCUCCCAACAAAUCCAGAAUAUACUUUCUGGCUGUCAACCCUCGACCCUUGCGCAGUCAAUAGCAAUUAAUCAUUUGAUUAAUUUGGCCCAGUUGAUUAAUCAAACCGUUGGAGAUGCACUUUCGGAUAUGUUACUCGUGGAGGUUGUCCUCGCCCAUAGGUCAUACGGCUGUGUUGAGUGGGACUCCCUAUAUACUGAUCUACCCAAUCGUCUUGUGAAGGUUCUGGUAGAAGAUAGAAAUAUCUUCAAGACGGAGGACGCGGAACGGCGAUUGGUCAGCCCACCUGGGCUACAAGAGAAAAUCAAUGAUUUGUCGCAUAAAUAUGACAGUGGACGGUCAUUUGUAAGGCCGAGUGGCACAGAAGAUGUAGUCCGCGUGUAUGCAGAAGCAGCUACUAAGCAGCAAGCUGAUGAACUAGCAUUCCGUAUAGCUGGAGUGGUAUAUGAUGAAGCUGGAGGUGACGCCUCUCAAAGACCGAUGGAAUUCUUAUGAGUACUCUUGUGAAGCUUACAGCGCUUUGCAAAUGUGUUGACAGUACUACCGUUUUGAGAGAUAAUAAUUAAUUCCUAUCGAUUACAACCAAGUU